UGAAGGAGAAACAAUCAUAUCAAGUCAUUAAUAACAUUAAAACAGCAGAUAUUACACUCAAUGUUUGCAGUAGUGAAGUUGUAACUACUCUUAUUUAGGCCUAUAAAAAAUAAACAAUUAAAAGUUAGAAUUUAAUGCAAAAUCAGAUAACAAAGGUUUUUAGACUCUACUACUCAGUAUGGCCAGCCCUACUUACUACUCUCUGUUUGUUGGCAGGAUGACAGAAAGUAUUUUAGAGCCCUAAGGGGCACAGAAGAAAGCUCCUUUCUUUGUCAUGGCAAUGCUCAAAUACUUUAGGGUUGUUUCUCUCAGUUCAGAACCUUCCCAACCUAAAGGCCACAAGUGCAUGUCCCCUUUAAAGUCAGCAUUCCCCUUCAUUCUGCAUAUUACUGUCCCUUUAACAGCCUGUUAGCCUCUGCUAAUGAAGAGGGCCUGGGUUAGGAAGUGUGUUGUAUUUAAAGUGUGUUUUUUGGUUUGAAAUGUGUUUGUUAUGUAGUGGGUAUACUCAGAGUCUUUGUGCAGUUUGCCUGCAGAAAGUAGAUAAAAAGUUCACUAUCUUUCUGAUAUUGUUAUGUUUGAUGAAUAUGAUAUGAGUCUUGGAGAGAGGCAGCCAUGUUGUCCAGUUUGUCAUGAUGACACAAGGAGGUGGGGCCUAAACUCUGAUCACCAUCAGCUGUGUGGAGACUGACAUAUUCUGCAAAAUUCAGACACUGACGUUUAGUAUGUUUAUUGUUUUGAUAGUCUAUCAGUCAGCUUGGUUUUAUUUUGGAUGAUCUUUAUUUAAAACAAAUGUUUUGAACACAGUAACAGUCUCCUGGAGAGCUUAAGGAGGAGGUCAGUACAGGAAGUGAUGAAAUGUGAAAAAGGAAGUGAACUGACAGGUCCUGCGGCUGCUGUGUGUGAAGAAACAAAUAUGAGUUUGUUACUGCUGCUGUGAGCAGAUCUGAACUGUGGUCAGAGUGUCAACGCCUCACAGGAAACGCAAACAAACACAGUGCAUGAUGGGACAGAAGACGCUGCUGCUGCUCCUCUCUCUGCUUGCUGUUCUGGGUAAAAUAAACUCCACACUUACAACUUUUUUCAUUUGUUUUAGCACUGUGCAUGUGUUUAAAUGUUCUGAAUGUUCAAAGUUCUUUCCAGUAUUAUCAGAGUGAAUGUUUUUAUCACAGUCUGCAACUGUUCCACUCUCUUUACAUGAUCCUCCUCUGUCCUCUUUACUGUGCUUUAAACUGUUGAGAUGUAAAACCAAACUCAAAGUGCUUUAAGAGGAUGGCUCAGACUCCUUACAGCUUUAUAUUUUCCAGGAUUUCAGACAGUCUUUGAAUGCACCAGCAGAGAGAUCACCGAGCCCUCACUGUUUACACUUUUACCUGUUUGUUCAGGUGUUUAUUCUCUUACCUAGGUCUAAACAUCUGAACAAACUGCAGUUUGUCAGUCAGCCUUCAAAGAGUCCUCUCAGAUUAGUCUUCAUGCGUCUGACCUUAAAUUAUUGUAUUGUUUCAGAGUGUUCAGAUAUAAAAGGCUGUUCUCUCUAAUUUAUUCAUCAGAAGUUUGUCUGUGUGAAAGUUAUGAGACACUUCGUGAAAAGUUGAAGCUGAGUCUGUGUUCAACUUCUGAUUCAGUUUUUAAAGAGGUUCAAAGAGGAGAUUCAUGUGGACAUCAAACUGUUCUUUUUGUGUCACUCAUAUGAAGAUGUCCUGGGCACAGUAAAUGUUCUUAAAUCUUGCUGUAAGCAGACGCUGGGCCUUCAGUUUGAAUGUGAGGUUUUAGAUAGGAUGGGGAGCCAAAGUUAGACAAUUUUAGAAAAAAACGCCACAUGCAGUGAACUCCAGAGUGAUGUAAAACCAUGAACACAACCAGGAAAUAGUCACUCACAGACACUCUCUGCAGGACCUAAACGUGUCAUUAUUACCGCUCAGUUUUUCUGCAGUUUGAGCAGACAAUAAAAGCUGAGAGCUGAUUGGUGGAUUUUAGUUCCUUUGAUCAGAACCAGGCUAACUAUUUCCACCCAGACUUCAUGCUAAGCUUAGCUGACAACAGUUAAUUGCAGCGCUGUACUUUCACACGAAAGCUCUGGUCAGAGUUCUGUGUGCUGAUUGGCUGCUGUGCUGAGGUUGUGGGUAGAGUUCACUCUAAUGAAAAUGUUGUUGCCUUUAGCUUUUCUAUUUUUUUGCACUGCUAUUCAAGCUGACUGGAGAGUUUUUGAAGAGCUGAUGGAAUUUGAAGCUUCAAUUUCAUCAGUCAUGUGACUUUCAUCUUUGAAACAAGUCCUAAUACUUAAGAGUGAAGCUGAGCAGUUCAUUCAAGUAAUACAGCCUUCACAGCGUCAGAGCUACAGAGCAUCAGAGUUUCAGUAUCAUGUCCUCUCUGUCUUCACUAUCUACUUGAACAGCUAUUAUUUAAGUGUCACACAGAGACCAUACUUCAGUUUAGGCUAAAAAUGUAUGACUAUUGUAUGACAAUGGACUGAAUUAUGCUGAUUUUUUUUGCCUACCCCUAAUUUAAAGACCUUGUUAAGACCAUGCUUCAGCUUGUGGUUUUUAGCGAUCAGGACAUAAGGAGUGUUUGCACCUUGAAUUAACCAUGUUUACAGGUGAUCAGCUCUCUCUCCCACUUCAGAUGCAAACAAAAAGUUUUGACUAUCUGACAGCCGCUGAUGAUGAUCAGCUUAGUUUCUGCAGGCAUCUGUACUGUCCUCCAGCUGGUGACUCUCAGAUAAGCUAGAGUGAUAUUUACACACAAACCAGAGAUGAAAUCGAACACACCUCCUCCAGGCACGUCACAAGCCCCGCCCCCUUACCUGAACCUAAAUGUGCAUAUUGAGUUGUGUGACACAUAUUUCCACUUGUAAAUAAUGAGUCUCUGUAAAAGCCAGGACCAGAAAGUCCUCACCUGCGUGAAGCUGGCCCCCCACCCCACGCAAAAUUUCGUGAAAAUAGUCUUCUUCGUUUGUGCUGUUACAAUUUUUUGUUUGUGCUGCUAUAGUUUUUAAGUUAUCAAAUAUUGUUAAUAGGUCAUCGAGAGGUCACCCAGCCCCCUAUUUGUUCUGAAUGGACCCGAAAUGGUGCCGAUCUUUUUUUCUUCGUUUUUGCCGCUGUUGCCGAGAAGUAUGCACCUCGCAGAAACGCGCACCACUGAUAACAUACCUGCCAACCCUCCCGUUUUCCCGGGACUCGCCCGUAUUUCAGACUUAUGUCCCGCCCACCUACCGUAUUGUCUUUUCCCCCGGGAAUCUCCCGUAGUUUGAUGGUCCACGUUCAUCCACGAAUCAGAUCACUAUAUUUGUCAAAAGUUGACGGGUUUCUUGACAACUGAUGGUAGUCCAGUGCCUCUGCUGAGCCUCCGGGUUGAUACUUUUACUUUACAAUUUGGGAUGAUUCAACGCGGUUUAAGCUGUAACCUAUAUCUAAGCAGUGUUUGUUGCAAAAUAAACACUCCAAUGAAAGGGAAACAAAUGUGAGAUAUAAUAUUUACGUUGAUAGUCUUGCACAGUCUCGGAGUGAUGCGUUCAGGGCAGCCUCAGACAAAAGAGUGCUGUUUUCUACGUACAGAUGUUCAGAGAGCCUGAUACGGAAGAGCAUGUUAAAAAUAUGUGGACUUUAACACUAAUAUUAGUGGACUGAAUAAGUUCAAAGCAUAUCGUAGCUAUUAUUUUUUUUAUUACCAUUUGUUAUUGUUAAAACAAAACAAAAAAGUGUGCAGCUUCACUUUUACUUAUUUGGAUGAGCAAUCUAAUAACAAAUACUCACAGACUUUCCCAAAGAAUGGGUGGACUUUCCUGGUGUAAUAUCUCCAAAAUAUUUCUUGUUGUUGUCUCAAUAGCUAAUUAAGGGGUGGAUGCAUAUUUCGGCAAACAGUAAAACAGCUGAUAUAAGGUUAAUAUUAAGCGUCUGCUGACUACACUAUAACUUAACAAAGGAACUCUUUGAUUCUAGUUGCUUGUUUACGUAUUAGUGAUGAUAUACGCUAAAUACAAUGGGUUCGAUCAACAGAACACCCGAGAAUCACACUUCAAUUUAUCAUCAUAAUAAUUUUAAUUAAUCAUUAUGGGGUUUGUGUUUUCAUCACUGAAAUAAAGUCACGCCAGUGAAACAUUUAGGCUGAUAAAACAUCUCAUCUCAAAGUCUAUUCAACAUAAAUGACACAAAAGAUAUAUACCUCCCUUUCGGAUCAUUACUGAUCGUUGUUUAGCACCACAAAUAAGAACUGUAUGGGUUUUAAACUGAACAUUUUCGCGGACCACUCUAUUAUAAGUGGUGCGCGUUUCUGCGAGGGACAUACUUUUCGGCAACAGCGGCACAAACGAAGCACAAACAAUCGGCACCAUUUCGGGUCCAUUCAGAACAAAUAGGGGAAUGGUUGACGUCAUCGCCGAAAAUAAAAAUGUGUAAUAACUUUAAAACCAAAGCAGCAUAAACGAAAACGUUAACGGCACAAACGAAGUACGAACGAAGCAGACUAUUUUCCCGAAAUUUUGCGUGCGGUGGGGGUCCACUUUCACGCAGGUAAAGUACCCACAUGUCUGGGUGAAGAGGUGAGGAGGAUGAUGAGUGACAGAGGCUGAAAAAAGACUCAGUUCCGUUUAAUCAAAGAGAUUUAACAUGAGCGGCUGAGCUUUUACUAAAAUUCACACAGCCAUAGUCCAGUCAGAUGUGUGUUGGAAAUGGUUUCGGCGCAGCAGCAGAUCAAUGUGCUGGCUGUCUCAAAAUAUGAGUGCAGUACUGGUGCAUGACAACAGGGGGCAACAGCAGAACUGGGAGUAACUAAGAAUCUGUUCGUUAAAUAGACUGCCUUUUUCAGAGGAAACAUUUAAGGUGAGAGUGACCUUCUAAAUCUGUCAAAGGGCAAUGUUAAUGUUUAUUAAUUUCUGGACUAUUUCUGUUUCUCCACCUUUGAAUGAAGUUUAGUAUCAGAAAAACAAUCAGAAAAAACCUUCACACCUUUUAAUAAAAACUCUACCUGUGUGAUUGAUUAUCAAAAAUAACAUCUUGUCAUGACAAGAAUCUUUUGCUUUUCCUUUUACUUCUUUCUUCAGUGUCGUAAAAUUGUAGCUCCAACUUAGUGUUCAUGUAAUUGCGCUAAUCAGACAUGCCAUCUCCGCAGAGAUGGCAUCAGCGUUGGGCUUCUACUAUGGUCGCUCCAUGCCUGGGUCUCCAUACAACAUCAGCAGGACUGACCCCAGAAUCCAGAAGGUAGUCCUCGAUGCCACUUUUACCUUCAACAACCAAUCAAACGAUGCCUACCUCUUUAAACCCUACGCCAUCUACAGAGCACAGCGCCAGGUAUGACACAGGAAACACAUCAACCCAUUUUUACAGCAAAAAGGUCAACGGAAAUGUUGAGGGAAAAAAGUCUGUCACUGUCUCAAUGUUUGAACCAUAGACUGUAAAUACAAUGGACAUUGUCUGCCUCCUAACUGGGUCAAGCGUCCAUGAUAAUAGCACUCUCUAGCGAUGGACUGCAGUAUAGGUCAUAAACCCUGCCUCCUCCAGCAAACUUAAAGCCGGGGGAGGCAGGAUCUCAGAAGUGCCAGUUUUUGGGAGAAAUUUUGAAUGUAUACACUACCCCUCCCUACCAGUUUUUCCCUUAGCUCCUCCUCUCCCCUCCCACGCUGCUCCAGUAGGCCCCGUCUACAACCAGACGCUCAUUUUCGCUCCAACUCUCCGGCAAUUUACUACCAGGCUAGUAAAUUAUCAUUAUCAUCACCAAUCACAUUAGCAAAAACCUGAACAACUUUUGUCACAACAGAGUCAACAGUAGUAGUGAUGCAUAAAAGAUGACACAUAAGAUAAAAUAGAACAAAUUUAUUGGAAAAUAAUAUCUAAAUAAUCUUGGUCAGAUGUACACUUUGUAGGGCCUUUUAUGGUGUACAAACUCCUUGCUCUGGACUUUCUGUUAUACAGCUUGCUGUACAUGAAAUGAAGAGAAAGAGAGUGUGGUAUGACUAUGUUACUAUGUUUCUAAUCUUUAUUCAUACAACAUCAUUUUAUAACAAGGUAGACGAAUCACAGGCAGAAACCUCAAGCAGAACCAGACUCAUGUUUGAAGGUUAUCUACUGAGACUGAGCUGGGUUUUGAAAGGAAAAAGAGGGAAAAGGACAAAGAGAGAGAUGGACAGAGAAGAGACUAAUCGAGGGAGAUCACAGACAAAAUCUCGGUAGCAGCACACACCCCCCUUAGUAACACCUUUGUAAAAACUGUUGUUCAGGACUGUGCGCAACAUGCUCACUCGUGCUUCCUACCUACUCAGCGACCGUGAUAACUGUUGUUCUAGUCUACAAGCAACAUUUUUGUUCUCAUUCAUGAAACGCUCAAAUCAGGGACAGCUUUCACCGGGGACAGGUCAUCUGAUAGGGGGACUGUCCUCGGAAAUCAGGGACAUCUGGUCACCUUAAGUUAGAAUGUCUGAAGCUAGUAAGUUAUCAUUAUUGAUAGAUAGACAUUGAUAGAAAUGGAGUGAGCUUGAAGUUGAAGCAGCUGGAAAGCAGGCAGGCCCACAGCAGCAGGACUGCCGCAGUGAUCCAGAGGAACCUACGAUAUGACGGAGCUACAUGAUAGCAACAACUUUUGAUCAUGGGACGAAUUCACAUUAAACUAAACAUUUCAAGUCAGUUGAAUCAGGAUCCUGCUGAUUUGCUCUUAAUUGAUAUUACAUUAAACAUUUCCAUUAAAAGUAAGGUAAAACGAAGUGGAUGUUACUCCUGCAGAAAUACUAUAUUUAUCUUGAUAUUUCUAUCCUCAUUCGACAGUGAUAAACAUUUAAACUGAAAAGGCAAUAUGUAUGCCAACAUUGAACACUGCUGCUUUUAUCACUGCAGUUUUAAGUAACAUUGUAGAGGGCAGCAUCAGAGAGACACAAUGCUACAGGACAGGAUGCUUCACAAUUGUUAAUGUUCUAUAGCCUUACAGUUAAGCGUGUGUGUGUGUGUGUGUGUGUGUGUGUGUGUGUGUGUGUGUGUGUGUGUGUGUGUGUGUGUGUGUGUGUGUGUGUGUGUGUGUGUUUUCAGGUUGUUAAAGGGGUACGGUACAUCGUAGAUUUUGAGAUUUCAAGGACAGUCUGCCGUAAACGAGACAGCAACCACAAUGACCUGCCCAACUGUGACUUUCAGCCUGAAGGUCGUCUGCACCAGGUGAGCACAGGCCGGUGUGCACUAAUGUUUGCUAUCAUCGGAAACAUGCUGAUCCCGAAACCCGACCAGCUGUUGACCAUCAACCCUAAAAACAUACAGUCAUCAGAUGGGGCCAACUUGUAUGAUUUUUACAUAGGGGGGUUAGAUUAACAGUUUGAGACAUUUAAAAGUAUAGUCCUGCUGUUUGCUUGGUUGUUUUAGUGGCUGAGGCAAAAUUGUAGGCUACUUUUGUUGACACUUGCCACACUGCACAUGCAGCUUCUUGAUAAGGUAGGCUGAAAAUUUGUUUUUUUUAUUAGGGACCCAAAAGGUUUUUGCACCUGCGCAUAAGCAUGUUUAUUUCUGAAGCAAAACAGGACUUUAUUUCAUGAGGCCAAAUUUUAAGUAACCCAAUGUAGGGCACACCGUCUAUUGGCCAGGGGAGGAACUGGAGGUUGAUGCCUAUUCUUGUGUCGAAGGUCUAAAAAAUACAGUAGGAGUUUUUUUAUUUUUUAUUUUGCAGCCACUGAGGUUGCAUCCUGCUGGUCAUGUAUAAAAUUACAUAAUUUAGACAGAUCUUUCACCUUUGUUCUGAACUCAUGUUCAUAGAUUUUAAUGUGUGUGUGUGUGUGUGUGUGUGUGUGUGUGUGUGUGUGUGUGUGUGUGUGUGUGUGUGUGUGUGUGUGUGUGUGUUUGGUUUUUUUUUUUCAGACUUUUCGUUGUCACUUGGAGGUUUGGGUGAUUCCCUGGAGGAAAGAGAGCAUCACUCAGGUGUUCUUUUGUCAAUCUUAAAACCACCAGCUAACCACAGCAUCCAUUAUCUGCACCCUGCAUCCUCUGCUAUCAUCAUCUCCAUCCUCCAACAAAUUCAUCACGAACAUCUUUACCGUAAUCAUCCCCCUUCAUCAACCCUCUUCUGAUCUCCCACCUCUGUACCACCCUGAUGAGGUUCACCUGUUACACCAGAGCCCACCUGUCUGACCUGCUCUCUGUAACGCUAACAGUAUAAAAUCAUACUAUCAUCCUCUGAAUGUUUUUACUCAUAGUUCAACAUUUACUUCAUAUUAACAUUCACUUCUUCUUACAGUAAUGGGGAGAUAUGAUGUGUGGCUCCACAAAAACAUAUAAACUGUGUGUUAUCAAAACUAAGCAGAAUAUUUCUAGGGUUUUUACUACAAAAAUGUAGAGGUAAUAAAUGAAGUAUUAGGUAUCCACAAAACUUUGUCAUAGAUUCUACAACAAAAGUGACCAAAAAAUGUGUUUAACAGGAUAAAAUGAAUAACUUUGAGCAACUAUUCACAACAAUGAAAUCUAAUGGGGUUUUUUUUGUUUGUUUGUUUGUUUUUUUUGUUUGUUUGUUUUUUUAAUUCAUAUAUUUACGCUGACUUCACUACUUGUCCUAUACUUUAUUAUACAGUAAAAAUACCUUUUAAUAAAAAUAAUACUGCGGAGGCCAUGCUAAAGCUAAAUUUAGGAUUUUUUAUAGAAUUGUGUAUGUACUGGUAAAAGUCUUAUUCAUUUUAUGUUUCCAUUUAUUUCGUUUUGCUUACAAACUCCCCUUAAUGUAUAUCAAUAAUGAAAAUAAAAAAGGUAAAUAAAAACAAUGUAGGUAAAAAAAUUGGUGUCAACGAGAGACUGAUAAACAGAAGAAGACCUGAGUCUGCAGGAGGGUGAUAAUAUAAAGAAGCUCAGAAAGGUUUAGAGGUGAGAAGUUUGAGUACAAACAUUUUCUCACAGAAAUCAAGUCAUAGUGAAGUCACGAUAGAGGAUCAAGUUGUAAUGUUGGGGAAUUCAUGUCACAAUACAAAAACCAUAUUGUCAAAAUAUGAAGAAAUAUUAAAAAAAAAAAUGUAUGUUGUGAGAAUUAAGUGUUGAUAAAGUGGUAGUAUUGGUUUAUUGUGAGCAGCCAUCUGUCUUGACCAAAGUUACAUAGUGCAGCAGAUAGCCAGAACGAUUGUGCAUUUUGUGAUAAAAGCAUGAAAUUUGUUACACUUAUAGCCAAAGGUAUUCCCAAAAGAUUUGGAUGUGGAGGCAUCAUGAGUUUUCAACAUGGCGGUCAUGGCAGCCAUUUUUCAAAAUGGCCGCCAGCAAUAACUGUUUUCUUAUGAAAGAUGGAUAUAAUAUGGCAUUUCAGACUUAUUUGCCAUACAUAGUACUUGGUAAAUGUCUUUAAGAUAAUUUAAAAUUACUAUUUUAUAUUCAGGAUGGCUGACAUUUUUCAAGAUGGCAGCCAAUCACAAGUCUGAUAUGGGUGAUCUCUGUGUCAAACCAGUAACUGGUUAAAGUAAACCGGACUUUACAAUUGGCCAGAAGCUUCCUUCUACCUCACAACUGGUGACCACAGUAGUCACACUAUUGGUGACCUAUGACCUCUGUUACUUUCAAGAUGGCAGCCACAUGGCUGAAAUUUCAAUUAUAUUUCAAGAAUACUAUAAUGUAUUUUGCUCGAAUAAAGUCUAAUGUGCAAAAUGAAAA